UACGCCAUCCGUCGGCGAAUAGGACUUUAGCCGACACUGUUUCAACUUGGAAGAGACAGGCAAGUGGUACUGCCCCAACUCCGGAGCAGAGCUUGAAUGCGGGGUUCAAAAGGUAAUCAUGAAGUGAAUCGUGUGGUAAACUUCAUCGCAAUGUCAUAUUUUCGAGAAGCUCUUGGCAGGGGCUGUAAACCCUUUGCCGUCAGCAUCGAUCGAUCUUCUGUCCCGACGGGAUUAUCGACCCGCGUCUUCCGGUAUGGGGGAGUGUUCUCGUAUAAGUAUGACCCGGAGAAGCAAUGGGAACUGCAAUUCAGAGUGUCGAGAAACAAGAUUGACUAGACGCGGUCGGAGGAGUUACUUGUCAAUAUGCGUAUAUCCUUCAAGUUGGCUUGCACGUUAUUGUGCUCUGGGGCUGCUGUGAGCGCACAGUCGCCGACAGUAAACUUGGGAUAUGCGACCUAUCAAGGUACGACAUCUGGUGGGAUCAAUAGGUUCCUGGGUAUGAGGUAUGCCGCAGCUCCGUCAGGAAAUCUGAGAUGGAAAGCACCCACGGCUCCUCCCACAGUGUCUGGGGUCCAACAGGCCACACAGUUUGGGAAUGUUUGUAUGGCUACCAAUGCCGGGCCAUCGCCACAGGGCCAGAGCGAAGACUGCCUCUUCGUCAAUGUUUGGGCACCUUCGGGUGCUGGCCCCAACUCUAAGCUCCCCGUGUGGGUUUUCAUCCAAGGUGGAGGGUUCGAAAGCUUGGCUUCUGCAGGAACAGACGGCAGUGGAGUGGUAGCCAACUCGGGAAACAACGUUGUCUUGGUGACCCUGAAUUAUCGAGUGGGAAUCUUUGGCUUCCUUGCCAGUUCGCAGAUCCAGGCCAACGGAGUAGCGAACGCCGGCCUGUAUGACCAACAGGCUGCCUUGCAAUGGGUACAACAGCACAUCGCUCAGUUUGGUGGUGACCCGGCUCAUGUCAUCAUCCAUGGACAGAGCGCCGGUGCAGAGGCGGCGUCAUUGCAACUCCUCUCCUUCGGUGGUAAAAACCAAGGCCUUUUCGUAGGGGCCAUGUUUGAAUCCCUUCCUGAAAUCACCCAGCCGAAGGUGUCAGAGAUUCAAUUCCAGUACGAUGCUCUCGUUAGCAACGCGGGAUGCAGCUCCAGCUCUGAUUCACUCUCUUGUCUUCGUGGUCUCAGUACCACAUCCUUGCAGCAGUUCAACGUACCCAUCGUCUAUCCUGGCCGGCCAAAUGCCCCAAAUUACCCGUAUGUGCCGUGCGUUGACGGCGUGUUCUUGCAAACCGGCGCAUACGAGGCCUUCCAAGCCGGCAAGUUCGUCAAGGUUCCCAUGUUUUUCGGAAGCGUCACAGAUGAAGGGACGACCUUGGGCGCCCCCAACGCGGCAUCGUCCAGUGAUAUUCAGACUUUCUUCCAGAACAACUAUCCUCGCUUGUCAAGCCAGAAUACGUCUGCAAUCAUCCAGCAGUAUCCUCAGAACAUAGAGCCCCCAUUCAACAACCAUGCAGCCUGGUUUCCAGCCGCCGAGCUCGCGUACGGAGACGUGCUCGUCACUUGCCACGGACUCAACUUUGGGAAAUAUUUCAUACAGGCUGGGCAACCAAUCUGGACAUACCGAUUUAAUGUCUUGACUCAGAGCAACAUUGCAAGCGGAGUCGGUGUCCCUCACGGGUUUGAUCUUGGUGCAGUUUUUGGAGGUGGCUACGACAACUCCGAUCAGACCAACGUGGCCCGUUUGCAAGGAUACUACAUAUCCUUCGUUCGGUCGCUAAACCCAAACACAUUUGCAUUUUCUGGUUCAACUUCAUGGCCACAGUGGAACGGACAGGCAGGAGGGCAGAGGCUUGUGAUCAACAACAACAACACGGUAGUUGAGUCUGUCCCGCAAGCUCAGAUGAGUCGGUGUGCUUUUUGGGAGAGCUUGGCUGCACAGUUGGAGAUUUAGUGGCCUUCGAGUAGUGGUAAUGAUAGUGAUAAUUCUUGAGCCAUCAGAAAGCCAUGGACGUUCGUGAUUGACUUUGUGCGCAAGUGUUG